AUGAAGGCAACUAAUUUUCUUAUACUCUUUUCCACUAUUUCUUCCCUUUCUUUCUUAAGCGCGCACGAUUUGAUAUCUCUCGUUUGCCUAGACCCAUAUCAUUUGGCCCCGAAUUGCAACGAGACCUUGGCUUCGCUCGCCUGUACUAAGGCUUGCGGAGCCAAUCUAACCGACACCACCGAAACCAAAAAGUGUGUGGGCCAUUUCGUUAACAUGUUGGCCAUAAAUGCCACCGAGGCCGCCUGGAACGUGUCCAUAUCGCUCACCAAGGCCAUGAAGGCUCCCUUGCCGCCGGCCCAAUUGUGCAUGCGCCAGUGCAAAUCCGCGGUGAGCCUACUCACGGAUAGCGAGAGACUUUGGAACAUGACCACCAAGUUUGAUAUGAGGACCAUCAACAUUAUGGGCUCGGCUGCCCAGACGAAUUUUGACACUUGUAGGGACGGUUAUGGGAAUUUGGGCCUGCCCAAGGUUUUGGAGACCAAACUCAGCCCAGCAUGGCAGCUCAUCAAUAUCAUGCUCGUCAUAUCCAACAUGAUUUAUUAA